AUGAUUGAUAUGUUUAUUUUAAAUAACUUUCGAUUUUGAUCACAAUCUAUGUUGCUUUAUUCUGGUUUGGGGAAUUUCCAGACAAAAUUUGCCUCAGCUUCUGAACAAUGAUUCUUUGUCUCUUCACGUUUUGGAACGCAUUGUCGUCACGAUCUAAUAGUUCACGAUUCAAUGUCAUCACAUCGCUGACCUCUAUCUCCGGACGAAUGAGAUGAAACUGGAUCAUUUCCCUCGGCACACCUCACCUGACAGUCCGUCCAGGAAUACGUUCACGCUCACGAUGCGUCGCUGAGCAAAGCUGUGACUGGUCAGCACACUGUUUGAUAGAAACUACCAUAUAAACAUUUAAAUGCUUUCUAAACUGAGAUGAACAAGCCUUUUCCUCCUGUGUUCGACCACCUUCUGUACUGCUUUAGUACGCAUGCCAAUGACGUGAAUACAUGUUUCAACAGCUAUGACACAUGUUCUUUUUUUAUUGUAACACCCCCCCCACCUCCUUUUCCCUCCGCCGGGGGUGAUGUUACAUUCCUCCCCACCAACUGUGGGCGUGCAGACGGACCAAUAUAGAGUUCAGACACAGCUGGGACAUCCCAGAGUAUCUUGGUGGGUUUUGAAAUUUCAACUGUUGCCUGAAGAUAAACACAUUUCAAAAGCCUUCACUGUUGCUGCUCAGCAGUGGUCAGUACCUGACGAAGGAACAGCCAGCAACACAGACCCAGGCUCCCACAACUAAACUGCCAUUUUGGGUGUCACCACCAGAGACAGACACAAACACCAAAACUGACAUGAAAAUAAAAAACACCACUGUCGUCGAUGUCUGCCGUCCUUGAAAUUAGGAAAUUGUUAUGUGGCUCUACCGAAAAAUUCUAUUGCGACUUCGCAUCUCUGACUUCACUGGUCUUUAUUUCAUAAUCAAUAAAUAAUAAGUAAUAAAAUAUAAAUAAUAUGAUAAUAAUUAUAACUAGCCACAGAUAAUUUAAUCUUAACAUGUGAUUUUAUUUUAUUUGUGGCGUAUGUUUGAGUGAGUAAUACAGUGAUACGGUUUGAUAAAUAAAGUUCUAACCUUGUAUAAGAUGUACAGUAUCUUUUCAUAAAAAAUAUUUGAUGUGAAAUGUGUUGUAGUUGUAGAGAAGUGGAUCCGGUCUGGAAAUCGUUGAGCUUAUAUUAAGAAAUCCAUUCAAGUGAAUGAUAUUUCUCACAAAGCUUAACAUAGGCCGUGCUCUAAGACGACGAGUGGAGUGUGUCACCGUCCCCAUAGUUGUUAUUCAUAAGCAGCUGACUCAUAACAGCUGGUUGCUUCCUCCGUUCAUCUUUUCAGUGUUGGCAUAUCUUUCUUAAGACUCCAAAGGGAUAUUCCAGGGCUCACUUGAUCACAUAAAGCUCUGAGCUCAUGGCUCUGGAAAUACUCGGUGGGCAGGACUGAGCCGCGUUAUAAAUGUGGCAGGCUCCCAGUCAAGGACUCAGACACUGAGGAGCUUCCACAUAGUCUUCCUCUUCUCUGGAGCGACACAAGAAGCAGCAUGCUGGCCCAGCGUUCAACCCUUUCCAGCCUGUUCAAUGACGACCCUUUCUUCAGCCAGGAGUCGCUGUGGCCCUCGGCGUCUGGAGCCCUCUCACAGUUGCAGGAGGACUUCUUCAACAGAAGGCCUAAGAUGUCUGAGGGCCUCUUGAGGGAGCUCAGUGACGACACCGAGCACUUCACUCGUCUGCCCCUCAUCCCCUCAUUUGCAAGGUUGCAGAAUGGUGAGGACCAACAGAAGGAGAUGAAGAAGACCGCAUUGCAACCGAGAGUGCCACAGACCACUGACGCCCAUGGGAACCUGCUGGUCACCCUGGAUGCUCGUGGUUACGCCCCCAGUGACAUCACGGUCAAACUCAAGGACAGGAGCAUUGUUGUGGUCGCCCAGAAGAAGGCUGUUGCUGAAGAAACCCAGUCCUGUUCCUCCUCCUCCUCCGCCAUGUCCUCCUGCUCUAUGGCUUCAUGUCAGAUGGGAUUCACCAGAAAGAUAGACCUUCCUGAGAACCUGGACCUGUCAGCUCUCUCCUGCUCCCUGAUGGACAAUGGACAGCUGUGCAUCUCUGCCCCCGCUGCAACGCAACAGAAAGAUGAAGAACAUGAGGUUCCAACCCGCUUCAGGUCCUCACUGGAGUUUCCGAUCAGCAGUGACAAGACAGAUGUGUGACGAGGAACUCAAUAGCACUCACACGCACACACACACACUGAAGCACACCAUUUCUUAAGAGUGUUUUUUAAAUGUAAAUCGAACCAUUAAUGUGUCAAAUAAAACGCUUGAUCUCAAAGCCGUGAGCAAAUUUCUCUUUACUCUUAAGCGCCCUGUGGUGGGACAAAUGGUACU